AUGAGCUGGUUAAUUAGUAUCUGGAUAGUUAUGUUAUAUGGUCUAGAAUUGAUAUUUGGACGAAGGAUGAAUGAAUGUGCUGAUCAUGAUUGUGAAAUACAGCCAGCAACACCGGAACGGCCUAACAUUGUGAUUCUUAUGGUUGAUGAUUUAGGCUAUGGUGAUUUGCAAAGUUACGGACAUCCAAAUCAAGAGGUUGGUGAAAUUGACAAUAUGAUCCGUGAAGGUGUACGGUUUACGCAAGCUUACUCCGCUGAUAGUAUGUGCUCGCCAAGUCGAGCAGGUUUCAUGACUGGUCGUUUGCCAAUUCGACUUGGAGUAACAGGUGGGGCACGGGUAUUUUUGCCACAUGAUGUUGGCGGUUUGCCUAAAGAAGAAGAAACGAUGGCGGAAAUGUUAAAACGAUAUGGUUAUGUAACCGGUAUGAUUGGUAAAUGGCACUUGGGUAUCAAUAAGUAUAACUCUACUGAUGGUACCUUUUUGCCGUCACAACGGGGUUUCGAUUUUGUUGGUUUAAACUUACCGUGGACAAAUGUAUGGCAAUGCGAUACUACUAAGGAAUUUGUCCGUAGUCCAAAUGAAACAUUAUGUUUCUUGUAUGAUGGAGAUUUUAUCGUUCAGCAACCAAUUCGUUUUGAGCACUUAACUGAAGCUUUAGUUAAUGAUUGGAAACGAUUUCUACGAGAAAGGAUGGAAAAUGAUAUCCAGAAAAAGCCUUUUUUUUUCUAUUUCUCAUUUCCUCAUGUGCAUAGCUCACAAUUUGCUAACAAACGUUUCCGGUACAGUUCCGUAAGAGGCUUGUUUGGUGAUAAUAUUAAUGAAAUGGCUUGGGCUGUUGGACAAGUUUUGAAUAGUUUGCGAAAAGAAAAAAUUGAAAAGCAAACAUUGGUAAUAUUAAUGUCUGAUCAUGGACCACAUCAAGAGCUUUGUCUUAAUGGUGGAAGUACAGCUGGCUUAAAAGGUGGGAAGUCGAAUAGUUUUGAGGGUGGAUUCAGAAUACCGUUUGUUUCAUGGAUGCCAGGUACAGUUCGUUCUGGUAUUGCAUCACAUGAAGUUAUCUGGUCACUUGAUCUAUUUCCAACAUUUGAACAACUUGCAUCAAAAGGAAGGAAAUGGAAAAGAAGAAACGUUUUCUAUGAUGGUAUCGAAAUUUGGAAUCAACUUAAAGGUUUAUCAUCAAAUUCCAAAGGGAAUCGUGUAUCUGAUGCACCUUUAGCUCUUGGAAGGCCGAUCUUCUAUUAUUGUAAUACCCAUCUGAUGGCAAUUCGUUAUGGAAAUUACAAAGUGCAUUUUAAAACGUCGCCAAUUUUUAAAAAUAGCACUAAUGAUCCACAGGUGGAUAAGUUAUGUCCAGGUGGAAAGCCUAUUGAUGAUUGGUAUGUAUCACAACGAUGUCCGGAAGAUCAAUUGUAUGUUCAUAAUCCACCUCUUCUUUACGAUCUACUUGUUGAUCCAUAUGAAAUGUAUCCAUUGCCACAAAAUAAUCAGAAAAUACGGGGAAUUUUAAAUGAUGUAAUACGAAUACGCGAUAGACAUUUGCAAACCAUUUCACCUGUACCACAGCAAUUAGGUAAUUUUUCUACGGCUGUAUUACCAUGUUGCAAUCCACCAUCUUGCCAUUGUGAUUUCAUGCUCAACAAAAGGACGCAACGGGAUAAUGUAAUAAAUGAUAGCGAUAAUUGGGCAGCUAACGUUUUCAAUGAUAUUUCGAUCGGUGCAUUAGCGAUCUCACGAAAUGAACAAGAAAUCAGUCAUAUGUUGAAUUGCUGGCAAACAGAGUAUACCAAUAGUUCAGACAGAGUAUACCAAUAUCUUACUUUUCAUAGCGAGAUACGUCCAGUGGACGUAUUUUUUUGCUCAUUUUUUUGUGGUGUAAUCAGCUGCGGCGGAGAUGGUAUUAAUUUUGCUGGUGAAAUGUGCGGCACGAAUAUUCUAAAACCUAUAAUAUGUCCAUCAAUUUUAAAUUCAGAUCUGUCUAAUCUCGCGGAAGAGUGCCAAAAAUUGUUGCAGUAUGGAGCUGAUUACCUUCAUCUCGACGUGAUGGACGGUCAUUUCGUGCCCAAUUUGACAUUCGGACAUCCAGUCAUUGAUUGUCUGCGACGGAAUCUUGGACCGGAACCAUUUUUUGACGUUCAUAUGAUGGUCCUUAAUCCAGAAAGAUGGGUGGAACCAAUGAAAAAGGCGGGUGCAAGCCAAUUCGUAUUUCAUUUCGAAGCCAUGGAGUCGGAUAAAAGCUGCCAAAUGCUUAUUAAUAGAAUUAAACAUUCUGGCAUGAAGGUUGGUGUGGCAAUAAAGCCACACACGUCGGUAGAGAAGAUAGAAGCACUUGUUGACAUGGAUAUGGUUCUGGUAAUGACCGUUGAACCUGGAUUCGGAGGUCAAAAAUUCAUGGCAGAUAUGAUGGAGAAAGUUCGAGUUCUUCGGUCUGCACAUCCAUUCUUAAAUAUUCAAGUUGAUGGUGGUGUUGGUCUGGAUAAUGUAGAAAUUUGCGCAAAAGCUGGUGCUAACGUAAUCGUUUCAGGGACAGGAAUUCUGAAAACUCCCAAUCCAGCAACAGUCAUCGCUGAAAUGCGUGAAAAGGUUUCGGCAGCUUUGAAGCAAAAUCGAAAAGAGUAA